GAUAGGACAACGCAGUAGGUUGGCUGGCGGAACCGAGCAGUACAUCUUCAUUUUAUGUAUUAAUAAAUGUUGCAAUUUAACUAGCAAACCACACUUCUUCUGUUAAUUGCUGCUCUGUUCGUUUUGUAUUAAAAACUAACCGUCGGAGAUGAUCGCAAUUGCGUUCAGUUGGCCAGUUUUUCAGGACAGACAGUAUUUCCUUUCUAUCUAAAAGGUGUUAUUUUAUUUCUCGAGUUAAGCGAUUUAAAAGGUGGACGUAAAACUGGAAGGAAGCAGAAAACCUCACAUGGCUGCUGCCACCGCGUCUGUUCAUUACUGUGCGGGUUACAGCUCUUCAGCGCCUUACAGAAUGAAACGAGGAAGAAUAAAUAUCAACCCGGAGAGUCAAGCCCCUUCAUCUGCCGAAGAAGGAAGCAAAAAGCACAAGGGCAGAUCAUCAGGCUUCCGUCUCGGGGCGUCCUGGAGACAGGACACCGUGCAGGACUGGGGGAACCUGCCUCACCAUGUGGUGCUACAAGUCUUCCAGCACUUGUCCCUUGUGGACCGGGCGCGGGCCUCCUCCGUCUGCAGGAGGUGGAACGAAGUCUUUCACAUCCCCGACCUGUGGAGGAGGUUUGAGUUCGAGCUCAACCAGCCUGCCACGUCAUAUCUGAAAUCUACUCACCCUGACCUCAUCCAGCAGAUUAUAAAGAAGCAUGCUCAACAUCUGCAGUACGUUAGCUUCAAGGUUGACAGCUGUACUGAGUCUGCAGAGGCAGCCUGUGACAUUCUCUCACAACUGGUGAACUGCACUAUCAAGACUCUGGGGCUCAUCUCUACAGCAAGGCCGAGCUUCAUGAACGUAUCACAGUCUCACUUUGUGUCUGCCCUCACGGUGGUGUUUGUGAACUCAAAGUCCCUGUCUUCGAUAAAAAUUGACGACACACCUGUGGAUGACCCUUCUUUGAAGGUGUUGGUGGCGAAUAACAGCGACACGCUGAAACUGCUGAAGAUGAGUAGUUGUCCCCAUGUCUCCCCUGCUGGUAUUCUUUGUGUGGCAGACCAGUGCCAUGGCCUAAGGGAGCUGGCGCUGAAUUAUCACCUCCUGAGUGACGAACUGCUCUUGGCUCUGUCGAGUGAGAAGCACGUGCACCUGGAGCAUCUUCGCAUCGAUGUGGUCAGUGAGAACCCUGGGCAGACUCAGUUCCAUACCAUCAAGAAGAGGAGCUGGGAUGCCUUGGUGAAGCACUCCCCCAAGGUCAACAUCGUCAUGUACUUCUUCCUCUACGAGGAGGAGUUUGACCCCUUCUUUCGCGAGGAGACCCCUGUCACGCACCUGUAUUUUGGCCGGGCCGUCAGCAAGGAGAUGCUGGGGCGCAUCGGGCUGAACUGCCCCAGGCUGGUGGAGCUCGUGGUGUGUGCGAAUGGCUUCGAGCCCCUGGACGAUGAGCUGAUCCGGAUUGCAGACCGCUGCAAGAACCUGACGGCCAUUGGGCUGGGGGAGUGUGAGGUCACCUGUAGCGGCUUCAUCGAGUUCGUGAAGAUGUGCGGCGGGCGGCUGACCCAGCUUUCCAUAAUGGAGGAGGUCCUGAUCCCAGACAACAGCUAUAAUGUGGAGCAAAUUCACUAUGAGGUGUCUAAACAUCUCGGGCGGAUGUGGUUUCCAGACAUGAUGCCAACUUGGUAAAGGCCAUCUAAUGUCUAAACUCAUCCUCCUCAUAAUGAAAGGUCCCAGAAGGGAAUCUUGUGCAAGAACCUUCAAGAAAACAAAAAAAAAUCCAGUAAGGAUGAAUCUCCUUUUCAUAGGUAUACUAGUGUGGAGUUUGCGAUUCUUGAAAGCACAGAAAAUGGAACCUGACUGAGCCGAGAAAUUAUGAGGCAGUGAGGGAGGUUUAUUUUGCUUCUUUUGCUUUUUUCCUUCCACUACGUGCUGUAAGAGCUGAAUCCACCCUUUCUUUAGGAACAGCAGUUAACGCCCUGAUCCUUUAGAAUCCAAAGAUGAUGUCUUGUGAAAGAGAUGGUCAUUACCAAGUUGUAAAUAAUCUUCAAAUAGGAGGCAAUGUAGAAUUAAAUGAGGAGGUCCGAGAAUGAAGUAACUACAUAAUGAACAAAACAAAACUGAUAACCACAUUUAACAGAAUUCGUUUUAAUUUACAUAUUGCCAUAGAGCAUUAAUCAGUAUCCUUUUUUAUGGAGCUAAGGAUUUUUUUGUACAAUUUACACAUGGCUAUUAAUAGCUGUUGCGUUGUCUUUUGAGACGUUUUAUUUUAGUAGGUUGCGUCCAUGGACAGUUUGUGAAUGCAUUUAUGCAUUUUAAGAGAAAAAAACAUUUCAAAUGUCUUGAUUCCUUUGAAGCUGAUUAUAUCGGGCUUUUUAAAGUAUGACUUGAGCUCUGUUUGUCCUGUGUAAGGAGUCAGAGGAGAUGACAUACUGUUAAUAGAUAUAAGUCAUUGGCUUCUCCAUAUUUGCUGCGCGAUUUAGCGCUUGAUCUCUUAAAACUGUAAAUACAUAGUAGUUUUUAUUUCCAUUUGAAAUAAGAACAGCAGACUUUAUGAAAGCUCCAUUUGCAUCGGUAGUUAAGACUUUUUAAUUUCCUUGUCACCUAAGUGGCAAUUGAGAUGUGGUAAAGGUUGAUAUUAUUAUUUUCUGCAGCAAUGUCCAUGUGAUUUAUUUGUAUUUGCUAAGGCUUAUUUCUAGGAUUUAGGGCUGAAUUUGACAAAUUAAUUGUGUGUAGUGAUUCUAUCUUUUAAUUUUUUCCAGUGUUUUUAGAUUUACACAGGAAAAAGGUGUACUUCAUAAGAAGUUCUGUUGUCAUAUUUUUGUUUGAACAUCCUUAACCAAGGUGAUAGCUUGUGGGAUGCUGUUCAAAGUUCUUUGUUACCAGUUUUGUAAAGGUGAUUGUAGAAGUUAUAGGGUUAAAUCCAACAAGCAAUAAGACAGACAUGGGGAAAAAAGGGCUUGGAACUGCUCUUUUUUCCACACAGAGUUUUUCUCAGUGGAACAAAUUUGAACAAAAAUACUUUCACAACCGUCAUGUUAGUUGUUUUGUAACGCUUAAGCACACUAAAUAAUUUGUCUUCAUUAAGCAUAUCUGUAUUGUAUGCAGAACUGCUUCUUUGAAUCAAAAUUGUUUUGUAAUUGUUAUUAGGUACUAUAGUGAUGAUCGAUGGAUAAUAUCCAGCUGGAACAUAGGGACUGAAGCAGUUUCAAAUUACAGAAAAAGUGCAGGACAUUGGUUUGUAGUCAGAAGUUAAAAUUCUAAUUAUUGAAGUGUAUAUAGAAAUCAACAUACUAAAUUAAGGUAAUGUAAAAAAGUUAAUUAAUGGAAAAUUUUAAACAUUUAAAUAUGAUUUAUUUCAUUCUUCUGGUGAAACGUGCAUAAUAGCUCAUCGACUCUCCCAAUGAUUAAUAUGAAAGCAUCCCAUCCAAUUAGCAGUAUUUUGUAUGAUGCAUUGAUGAUGAAAAGUGAUCCAAAGUGAAACAGGAAUAAAAUUACAAUCUGUUCUUUUAAAAAUACAAAUAGAAGAAGAAGAAUUAUUUCACCAGAAAUGUUUGGCAGACAAUGAAAAUACAGUCAAGUAAAAUGGCUGAAGGAGAUAUUUUUGAGUUUUGGGAUUUUUGUAUUGUUUCUGUUUUUGCUAGGCUCACUUCAAAUCACAGUAUUCAAACUGCACACAAGGUUCUGUCUUUAAGCUUAAAAUGUUGGUUAUUUAGAGGUAAAAGGUGAAGAACAAAAAUCAGACUAAAUCUAAUCUUUUACCGAUUACAAAUUCUACUUCUCACCUGUUGGUGACUCUCUGUUGGCCAGAGGCAUACAUCUUUCAUCAUGAGGUUCAUUUAUUCAUUCCUUAAGGUGCACAUAUUUGCUGUUCCACUUUCAGUGAUAAGGGCCACAGAACAUAACCUUAAUCAUUUUGAGUGCUUAAUUUUGAUUGGGGAUUAAAUACAGAAUGAGAAAUGGCCAUUCCGUUCUGUUCUCUGUUCGUCCUAGAAAUUCCAAGUUAAAAUACAUGGCUUUGUAAGACACUUUGAGUUACUGAACAGAUCCUAGUACUAUUAUUUGUUAUUAAUAAAUUGCUAGUUUGCAUAGGUCUGUAUUAGUACUUUUACUCAUAAUUUGAUGUUGCAGCUGAGAUAUUUAAGGCAAGGAAAUAUAUUCCCUCACCUGAAUUGUCAGUUUCGAAGGGGAUUUUUUAAUAUUUCUCUGUUUAAAAGGGGAGUACUAAAUACCGAAUGUCUAAUAUUUAGGUAAACAAUCAACUUAGUGUUUUACCAAACUUAGCUUUUGCCUUUUGUGCAAAUUAGUUUAAUAUACUUAUCAGAUUUAAAUAUUUAUCUUGUGCUGAUGUUGUAUGUACAAAUCUUAUACAACCAAUAAAAAAUCACAAUUAACAAAGCACUUUAAAAUAGAUGAAUAUUUGAUUGUGAAAACCAUGUUUACAUUUUUUUUCUGUUUAAGGCAAAUCCUUUCAUAUUUUGUGGGCCAUAAAAAAAAGAGAGAGACUUCCUCCGGAAAAUGUUCAGGGCAAUAAAGGACAAUAGUACAAGGAGGUAGCUGCGUCAGCAUGCGUAGUCUGCAAAGCAACAAGUAAAAGGUUUAUUCCAUGCUGAAAAGAAAAGAAAGGA